AUGGACUUCAAUUCGUUGAAGGACCAGGUCAGCAACCUGAGUCUGUAUGAUAUCAAAGCAGGCGUCCGCAAAGUACAAAAUGCUAUGAUGAAUUACACUGAGAUGGAAGCAAAGGUCCGGGAAGCUACGAACAACGAGCCUUGGGGUGCAUCUUCGACCCUUAUGCAGGAAAUCGCAAACGGAACACACAGCUACCAACUGCUUAACGAGAUAAUGCCAAUGAUCUAUAAACGUUUUACGGAGAAAUCUGCAGAAGAAUGGCGUCAGAUAUAUAAGUCUCUACAACUGCUUGAGUUUCUAGUCAAGAAUGGUUCGGAAAGGGUUGUCGAUGAUGCACGCUCUCACAUUUCACUUUUGCGAAUGCUUCGCCAAUUUCAUUAUAUCGACCCCAAUGGUAAAGACCAAGGAAUAAAUAUCCGCAACCGGUCUCAAGAACUUGCCAAGUUGCUAGGCGAUGUUGAUAUGAUUCGUGCAGAAAGGAAGAAGGCAAAGGCUAAUAGGAACAAAUUCGGUGGAUUCGAAGGAGGAAUAGGCGUGGGCGGAUUCUCUGGUGGAGGGGGCAGCUCCCGGUUUGGUGGAUUUGGCAGCGAAGAUGCGAACUUCGGAGGCUUCAGCGGUGGAGUAUAUGGCGAUGGAGGCGGCUUCAACGGAAAUACCAGCGAAUUCCGGGAUGCUAGUCGGAGGUCAAACCGGUUUGAGGAGUACGACGAAGGUGAUAAUAGCGGAUAUUCAGCCCCUCGAAGAAGUGAGCCAACAUCUCGACCCGAAUCCAAGCCUGCUCCUCCGAAGGCGCCAACCCCUGAUUUGGUCUCUUUUGGCGACGAUGAUGAACCAGUGGCAGCACCCUCCGUCUCCUCCCCUCCUACAAAGACCUCGUCCACCACAAAACCCGUUGGUUCGAGUGGUUUAACUGAGCUUGCAGCUCAGAGCAUGGAUGAUGAUGAAUUUGACGACUUCCAGUCCGCUAGUCCUACCACGCCGGCCACGAAUACACUACAGUCGCAGUUUGGCUCAAUUGCUCCUCCAUCCGCGCCAACCCAGACCCAAUUCGCUGCUCCAAAGCCCGUUUCAGCUGCUCAGAAUGCAAGCCUUAACGGGCUAGCUGCCUUCCGAUCCAAUCCCCAAACACCAUCGGCUACUGGCACAACGUCUCAAGGAUCAAGCAUAGGGCCACUCUCGCCCACUACGCAGUCUCAGCCACCCAAGCCAACCACCUACCAAGCUUCGCAGCCGAACUACUUCACAUCUAUUCCCACGCCUCAGUCCAAGCCAUUAGAGUCGUCCAAUAAAUUCGCUACAAAAUCUCAAACUACAGCCUCUUCCAAAUCAGGCGGUGAUGCAUUUGGGAGCCUAUGGUCUACCGCUAGCGCCAACGCUGGUAUCAAACCAACAACGCAGACUCAGAACAAGGGCCCAAAUCUCGCGAGCAUGGCUAAGGAGAAGGCAAGUGCUGGCAUCUGGGGAACACCUAGCUCAAGUAGCUCUCCACAAACCUUUAGUGGGACUUCCAGCUCUCAACAGCAGAAGAAGCCUAGCGGAGGAAGUGCGCUGGAUGAUCUUCUUGGCUAA